CAUCAAACCAAUUGCACUUGAAGUAAUACAACAGUGCAGUUCACACAUCCUCUGUGGCGCAGUACUAAUCCUACACGUGCUACCCACCUUCACGCUGUACCUGUGGCACUGUACCCAUCACUUCGGUCUUCUCAGGCCCACAUCCUAUACACCUAUCCACUUCUCCAUCUCACUCCUCACCAUGCCCGCCACAACACGCACCCUCGAGACCAUGAUCCUGCAAGCGCACCGCGCAAAGGGCAUCCGGUACCCGACCUCCUCCCAGAAGCAAUCUUUCAAGACCUGGUACUCGUACGCGCUGCGGCGGGGCGGGGCCGGGAAUGUAGAAGCAAAAGGCUUGCGCGAGUAUGGCAGGCAGGCGAGGGACCUCACGCCGAGCGGGAGGACGUAUAUGUAGACGUGUAAGGGGGAACAUGCAAGAUUGUGUACGGCUCGUGUUGAGCGCGGGGACCAUUCAAGAUGUAGCAUUGGCGCAGGCGUUUAGGGCUUGUUCGGCAUGACUUUGACACUGGAGGUUUGGGUAUCCACAAAGAUUGAGAUGUCUCCAGUGAACCAAAUGUACUAAGAUGAUUCGAUGCCUGUAUGAUGACGACGCUGCCUCGCACC